CUUGCGCCAAACGUCCUACUGCAGCUACGGCAUUGUUGUCUGUUGUCUCAGUCAGCUCACUCACUCGUUCUAGAUGGUAUUGCACGACUAUCAGCUCGAAAAUGUUCGGUUUCCUUUCAUGCAAGAAAAGUCCAGUUUCUGAGAUUCACUCAAAAACCGACCUGAUUGGUUCCGGUAAUGUUUUAAAGAGAAAAAACAACUCAAAUGAGUUUGAGUCCUCGACUGUCCCUGAACAGCUGUUGUUCCUCCUGGGUGUUCUCGCUGCGGUGUUCAUGGGGACUGUAUUCCCUCUCCUGAUUGUAGCAUACUCAGAAUUCCUCAACCUUAUGAUAGCUCGACAAUCAGCUGAUAGUAUCAUCUCCAACAACUACAUUUUACAGCUGUUUGGUGGGGGUAGUACCAAUUCCAGUGGUACAUAUGAGGAGAGGAUGGAUCGUUUGCUCGAUGAUUCCCUGGCUUUUGUCAUGGCUCAAACUUCUGUGGCUGCAACAAUGUUUGCCUGUGCCGUCCUUUCUGUAUACUUGUUAAACUACUCUGCUCAGAAAAGGGUAGGCAGAAUGAGAAGACAUUUCCUCCGAGCUGUUCUCUACCAGGACAUUUCAUGGCACGACACGCAAAACACUGGCGCUUUUGCAGCACAAUUAACCGACAGCCUGGAUAAACUGCAAGAAGGUGUGGGGGAGAAGGUUGGAAUGUUCGUCUAUCUUGUGACAACAUUUGUAGUUUCCGUCAUCGUCGCGAUGUUCUACGGGUGGAAACUUGCUCUCGUCAUGACAGCGAUCUGCCCCGUUUUUAUAUUGGUGACCGUCUUGGUUGCUAGGGUUCAGACACGUUUGUCUGCCAAGGAAGGAGAGAGUUACGGAGACGCAGGAGCAGUCGUAGAGGAGGUUCUGUCUAACAUCAGAACCGUGGCAGCCUUCGGAGGGGAACACAAAGAAGUUGACAGAUACAAUCAAAAACUGAUCCCGGCCAGAAGAGUUGGCAUCAAAAGUGGAAUAUUCUCGGGUUUCGGAGGAGGAGUUUCAUGGAUGUUGAUAUUCUUCAGUUACUCCAUUGCGUUCUGGUAUGGAACUCCGCUAAUAUUGGCAGACCGAUACAAUGAAGACAAGACUUAUACUCCCGGAGUUUUGCUCAUUGUUUUGUUUGGUGUUGUCAGUGGGGCAAUGAAUUUAGGUUUCUGCACUCCUCAUCUUGAAGCUUUUGCUAAAGCUAAAGGAGGUUACAAUUCUGUCAUUUCAAUCUUACGAAGGAAACCUGUGAUAAACAUCGACAAGAAAGGAGUUCUUUUGGACUCAAAAUUAGGAGAAAUUGAGUUUAAAGAUGUUCAUUUCACUUACCCUGCCAGGCCUGAUGUUAAGAUUCUGAAAGGACUCAGCCUCAAAGUCAAGAAAGGGGAGAGUGUGGCCAUUGUUGGAGGUUCGGGGAGUGGGAAGUCAACAACAAUUCAACUAAUCGAACGUUUCUACGACCCUCAGAGUGGUCAGAUAAGUCUUAACGGAGUAGACUUACGCACUCUGGACCUGCGGUGGGUUCGAGCUCAGAUUGGGCUGGUCGGACAAGAACCUGUAUUGUUCAACACGACGAUCACAGAGAACAUCUGUUGUGACUUGAAGGUGACGCGAGCAGAGAUGGAAGAAGCAGCCAGGGAGGCGAACGCUCAUGACUUCAUCAUGAAAUUGCCUGCGGGUUACGGGACCAUGGUAGGGGAGCGCGGCGCACAGCUCUCUGGGGGCCAAAAGCAGAGGAUAGCCAUUGCACGAGCUCUUCUGCGACAGCCAAGCAUCCUGCUGCCAGACGAGGCGACUAGUGCGCUGGACAUGGCUAACGAGGCUGUGGUGCAGAGCGCGUUGGAGCGUGCCAGCAGAGGCCGCACGACUAUCACCAUCAGCCAUCGGCUCUCCUCCAUCCGCAACGUCGAUCGCAUCCUGGUCCUGGCUAGCGGAAGACUGGUAGAGGAAGGAUCUCACUCAGAAUUGAUGGAGAAGAAGGGACAUUACUACUCUCUGGUGACAGCUGAUGCUUCUCUUCAAGAGGCUUCCAGUCCCAGUAACAAAGACAAACUAGAUACACAAACAAAUGAGUUCAUACCUCUGGAAGAGGCUGACGUAAUACCAAAGGAAACUGAGAAAAAGGAAGACUUGCCUGAAGAGGAUUACAAUGUCCCACUUUUGAAGAUCGUCGGACUCAACAAACCUGAAUGGCCCUACGUACUCUUGGGAUCUGUCUUUUCAUUUCUCAAUGGAUGCAUUUCACCUGUUAGUGCUGUAUUCUUUGGAGACAUGUUUUGGGCGUACUCUUCGCCUGAUGACAGUGUCAUCCUCUCCGCAGGGAACCUUUACGCUUUAUCGUUUGUCGUCCUUGGGAUAUUUGCCUUCAUCUGUGUCUUUUUGCAGUUCUCAAGUCUGACGUUAGCCGGGGUGCGGAUGACAACGAGGCUACGUGUGAACGUGUUCAAAGCGAUGUUGCUGCAGGAGAUGGCUUGGUUUGACGAUGAGAGACAUUCCGUCGGCAGCCUCUCUGCUAGACUGUCGGGCGACACCUCCACUAUACAAGGGGCCACUGGUAGCAAGCUGGGAACACUACUGCAGGGCGUCAGCACACUAGGUGUUGGUACGUUGCUGUCUCUCUACUACUCGUGGAAGAUGACCGUUGUUUGUCUCAUCUGUAUUCCGUUCAUCCUAUUCUCCAUCCUCCUCGAGAGCAGGGUCAUGCAUUCUGAGGACUCCAUUGAAAAGAAAGCUUUAGGAGAUGCUACUAAGAUAGCAGUAGAGGCUAUUUCAUCAGUACGCACCGUGCAGAGCCUGGGACAGGAGAACGCAGUGUUGGAACGCUACACUCGUCGUCUGCUUGAAGCCGAGGAGUCACUACGUAGAAAGACAAGAUUCAGAGGUGUUGUCUUCGGACUCGGUCAAACAUCUGCCUGCAUCGCCUACGGUUUCAGUCUCGGUUACGGAGGGUACCUCAUAGCCAGGGAAGGAGCGUCUUAUAGAAACAUCAACAUAGUUGCAGAAGCUCUUCUGUAUGGAGCCUGGAUGUUAGCUCAGGCAGUUUCAUUCGCCCCAAGCUUAAAUCUGGCAAAGAUAGCAGCUGGUCGACUGUUUAAGAUCCUAGAUCGCAAUCCGCUUAUCUUCUCUGGGUCAAACAUGGCUUCUUUAUCUUGGAAAGCCAAAGGAGACAUAGAGUAUAGAGACGUCCACUUCUCAUAUCCGAGCCGGCCUGAUCACUGGAUUCUGCAAGGUCUUCAGCUGAGCAUUGCUAGAGGACAGAAAGUGGCUCUAGUAGGUCCAAGUGGCUGCGGAAAGUCUACUUGUGUCCAACUGUUGCAGAGAUUCUACGACCCAGUGUCAGGUUCAUUGAAAAUAGACAGCGCAGACUCCGUUGAUAUUCCUACCAGACAGCUGAGGGCUGGAUUAGGUAUUGUGUCCCAGGAGCCUGUUUUGUUCGACCGCACGAUCGCAGAGAACAUUGCAUACGGUGACAACACUAGGGCCGUCAGCAUGGCAGAGGUGGUGGAGGCGGCCAAACAAGCAAACGUCCACUCUUUCAUAUCUUCCCUUCCUGCAGGUUAUGAAACUCGACUGGGAAGUAGAGGAGCCCAACUCUCUGGUGGCCAGAAGCAAAGGAUAGCGAUCGCUCGAUCUUUGGUUCGCAACCCACAAAUAUUAAUUUUAGAUGAGGCAACAUCUGCUCUGGAUUCGCAGAGCGAAAAGAUGGUACAAGAGGCACUAGAUGAAGCGUCGUCGGGUCGCACAUGCAUCAUCAUCGCACACAGAUUGAGCACGGUGACCAAUGCUGAUGUGAUCUGUGUGCUGAGUCGAGGAGCCGUGGUUGAGAUGGGCUCACAUGCCCAGCUCAUGGCCAAUGGCGGCCAUUACGCUCGCCAGCUGCUUUCGCAACAGUAACGGGGCUGUGAUAAGACUAGAUUAGUGAUAUUUAGAUCAAAGUUCCUCUAGGGAUUAACGUAAGAAGCUAAUGUUUAUACAUACAAACAUCAAUUUACAUUAAAUCAUGAUCUCAACAUGAGAACAAUACCAAAUAGUAUAGGAAGAAUAUUAACUUUACAGUCUGCAUGAAACGUUUAAAAAUCUUGUGCCUGCCUUAAUGGGAUUCAAGAAAACCUUUUGUCAAACAUCUAAUUUAUAGAGUAGGUAUUUAUUUUACAAUUUGAUUUAAUCAAAUUGUCUUGUUUUAGAAAUCAUCUUGUAUUCAAGUUGUAAUUAUAAUCUUAUGAGCUUGACGCUUUCCAUUCUCCUUAGCAAUGCUUAUAUACUGUUUUGUUUGUAUAGCCAGAACAAUAUACAAAAAUUAAUUAUCGACAAAGGGUCCACUUUAUAAUUUUUUUAAAUGAAUAUGUUUGGAAGUUAAAAAAUCAACUUUUGAAGACAUUAGAUUCAACAUAUUAGAAGUAUUGCUUUAUCCAUCCAUAAUCUAUGACUGGAAUUAAUUUUACUUACUUUUUUUGUUACUUUCUGUUGUUUUUAGCUGAUAUAUGCCUAUAUUUCAUUCAUGAACAAAGUGCCUAUUUCGCUGAUCACAAUGAUUAGUAUAAAGUACAAUGUCUCACUUGUAUUGACAAAUAGAAAUAUUUUUAUAUUACUCUAUAUAAGUUUACUUUUUGUAUAUCAUUUAGCUUUUAGGGAAACAAACUAAUGUUAUCAAUGUAUAUAUUAAAAGUUUUUUGA